AGUGACUGCAGAGGCAGAGGGGUGGGCGGGCUGGCCCAUGGCUGAGACCUCGCUCCCAGAGCUGGUGGGAGAGGACAAAGCCACGCCUUGCCCCAGCAUCCUGGAGCUGGAGGAGCUCCUGAGGGCGGGGAAGUCUUCUUGCAGCCGUGUGGAUGAAGUUUGGCCCAACCUUUUCAUAGGAGAUGCGGCCACAGCAAACAACCGCUUUGAGCUGUGGAAGCUGGGCAUCACCCAUGUGCUGAACGCCGCCCACGGGGGCCUCUACUGUCAGGGCGGCCCUGACUUCUACGGCAGCAGUGUGAGCUACCUGGGGGUGCCAGCCCACGACCUCCCUGAUUUUGACAUCAGUGCCUACUUCUCCUCUGCGGCUGACUUCAUCCACCGUGCCCUCAACACGCCUGGGGCCAAGGUCCUGGUGCACUGUGUGGUGGGCGUGAGCCGCUCCGCCACGCUAGUCUUGGCGUACCUCAUGCUGCACCAGCGGCUGUCCCUGCGCCAGGCGGUGAUCACCGUGAGGCAGCACCGAUGGGUCUUCCCCAACCGAGGCUUCCUGCACCAGCUCUGCAGGCUGGACCAGCAACUGCGGGGUGCCGGCCAGAGCUGAGGGGCCAGAGCUGGUCCUUACUCCCUGCCAUGGGGCUCUGCCAAUUUGCCACCCUGGCACUGGUCCUUCUGGUGCUGCUGGAGGCUCUGGCCCAGGCGGACACACAGAAGAUGGUGGGAGCCCAGCGUGGAGUCCACCCUAGAGCCUGCUACUCCAUCCGGCUCCUCCUGGCGCCUGCACCCCCUCUCCGCCACUGUCUUUGGCCUUCACAGAAACAGCAUCAAGUGUGCGGAGACAGGCGGCUGAAAGCCGGCAGCACAAACUGCCCGUCAGAGAAGUGCACAGCCCGGGCCAGAUACUCCCACAGCAUCCCCGUGGCACCUGGGUACUGCACCAUGGGCUUCCCCAUCAGCUGGAUCCACCCUCCAGGAGCCUGCCUCCAGCCACUGCAGUGUCCACUCUGUUCCAGGAUGGACUCCCUGCAGAAGCAGGACCUCCGGAGGCCCAAGAUCCACGGGGCAGUCCGGGCAUCCCCCUACCAGCCGCCCACGUUGGCUUCACUGCAGCGUUUGCUGUGGGUCCGUCAGGCUGCCAUGCUGAACCACAUCGAUGAGGUCUGGCCCAGCCUCUUCCUGGGAGAUGCGUACGCAGCCCGGGACAAGAGCAAGCUGACCCAGCUGGGAAUCACCCACGUUGUGAAUGCUGCUGCGGGCAAGUUCCAGGUGGACACAGGUGCCAAGUUCUACCGUGGAAUGUCCCUGGAGUACUAUGGCAUCGAGGCAGAUGACAACCCCUUCUUUGACCUCAGUGUCUACUUUCUGCCUGUUGCUCGAUACAUCCGAGCUGCCCUCAGUAUUCCCCAAGGCCGCGUGCUGGUACACUGUGCCAUGGGGAUAAGCCGCUCUGCCACACUUGUCCUGGCCUUCCUUAUGAUCUACGAGAACAUGACGCUGGUAGAGGCCAUCCAGACGGUGCAGGCCCACCGCAAUAUCUGCCCUAACUCAGGCUUCCUCCGACAGCUCCAGGUUCUGGACAACCGACUGGGGCGGGAGACGGGGCGGCUCUGAUCUGGCAGGCGGCCAGGAUCCCUGACCCUUGGCCUGACCCCACCAGCCUGGCCCUGGGGACAGCAGGCUCUGCUGUUCCUAGUGACCCUGAGAUGUAAACAGCAAGUGGGGGCUGAGGCAGAGGCAGGGAUAGCUGGGUGGUGACCUCUUAGCAGGUGAAUUUCCCUGACCCAAUCCAGAGAUUCUUUAUGCAAAAGUGAGUUCAGUCCAUCUCUAUAAUAAAAUAUUCAUCAUCAUAAAGACA